AUGCUCGGUUCAGUUCUUCAACUAACCCGGCUUUGGCAGCCGUUCCCAGCGAAAGCGACCUGUUGCCGAACACCUUACGAGGCGUUUCUUCAGGGCGCUCCGGCCUCUGUUGCCUCGGCCGUUUUCGACCCGUCUACCGAGUAUUGUACUCCAGACAUGGUUUUCUUUUGGAAGCCGCCCUCGCCUUUUUCCCAAUGGACACCGUCGACCUUCACGGUCGAUGGCGUUGUUUACUCGUGUGCCGAACAAUUUUUCGCUGCAGAAAAAGCCCGUCUUUUCAGAGAUCGCUGUGCUUUGCAGAACAUCAUGCGAGUGUCAGACCCGGCCUUACACAUAAAGUUUGGCCGUGAGGUCCGUGGUUUCGACCAAUCUCUAUGGGAACAAGAACGCGAAAACAUUGUGCUCACCGGCUGUUACACAAAAUUUAGUCAAAAUUCCGAGUUACGAAAUCAUCUCCUCGGAUCUGGUGGCAAAAUCCUUGCCGAAGCCAGUCCUUACGACCGUGUUUGGGGCAUUGGCCUCCAGGUCUAUCAUCCUGACGCUGGAUGCACAUCUAGAUGGCGCGGCCUCAACCUGUUAGGCACCGCCCUACAGAAGAUGGAAGUUACCAACUUCGCUAUGCAGGCAAACAUUUCGUUCAACUUCACCCAGAGCAUAGCCUCAUUCAGUUCCUCCUGGCGGCGCACCCGUCACGUCUCGCCCCUAUCGCGUCCCCCGGUGGCGAAACAAGUUGACGCCAUCCUUGACCAAUAUCUUGCGGCAGGUUUGAUCCAACAUUCGACCUCGCCUUACUCGAGCCCUUUGGUAGUCAUACCGAGGAAAUCUGGUGGUGUUCACAUCACCGUAAUUUAUCGUAGGCUCAACAAGCUUUGUGCUUUGAGUCAGCUUCCGAUUCCUCGAGUCGAUGAUACUUUGGACAAGUUGUUGAAAGGGCGAACUUAUUCCCUUUUCGACAUGAAAUCUUCUUUUCACCAAAUCACGGUGCACCGCGAUACAACCCCUUUAACGGCAUUCGUGACGUCUUCCGGGCUUUUCGAGUGGUUGAAGAUGCCUCAAGGCAGUUCGGCUGCCCCUGGGUGGUUUCGCAAAGUUGUCAACGAAGUCAUCAAAAAUCUCCAAGGUGUUGCAUCGUACUUGGAUGAUUUGAUCGUCUUUGAUGACACCCCCUACUCAUACUUCCUCGGACACACCAUCUCCCCUGACGGCGUUAGGCCUAUCGGUGCCAAGGUUUCGGCCCUCACCAAAAUGCCUAUGCCCAGGGAUGUCAAGCAACUGCGUUCCCUUCUCGGUGGUCUCAGCUACUACCGUAAGUUCCCCCCCAACAUGGCUAAACGCAUUCGACCUCUGACUACUCUACUCAAGAAGCAGGAGAAGUUUAUCUUCACCCCAUCCAUGGAGCAAGCCGUUCGCGAUUUGUUAGCUGAGUUGGCCAAUCCCCCUGUUUUGGUUUAUCCAGAUUGGGAUGCUGUUUCAGACGGCUCGCGACCUUUUUAUCUUUACUGUGAUGCUAGUCGCGAUGGGUUUGGUGGGACUCUCGAACAAGAACAGCCAGAUGGUUCCAUUCGCCCAAUUGUCUUCAUCAGUCGGGCUACUUUGGACUCAGAAAGCCACUGGACUCCCCUCGAUCUCGAAGCGGGUAGCAUCGUGUGGUGUAUCAAGCGCCUUCGCGGCUACUUGUGGGACCUCUUCAGCCGCCGUGCUGAUAUGUACGCGGUUACGGCUGCAGAAUUCACCACCGAAGGCACAGCUGACAUCCUUGUCGACAGGGCCUUCUGCGCCCUUCUUGGGAGCGUGAGAUGGACCUGCAGCAUUCCAAGCCGCACAUUCUCCGGUACUGGGCAGGUUCGCCUGACCAAGAUCGCCAAACAAAUCGCCGUUAUCGUGCGAUGCGCAUUGGAGCCGCUACCAGGGAAUUGGCGCGUGCUCAAGGUGCGCGAGCUUUGCCUUCGGGCUACUCGCUUGUCCCGUUCAACAUGGGACCGUCGCUUCGCCAACACCCCUCUACCAGUGGGCGCCUUCUUCUGGUACAAGACACAAGAUGGACUCUGGUGGUUGGGCAAGAUUUCUGGACCACCUCUGCCGUCCGACUUCUACGUCGUCCGCUUCUUGGACGAUCCUGGAUCUGUCAAGCUCGCCCUUCCCGAUGUUCGCUACUCUACCGUCGAAACCGCCGUCUCCGGAUCCUGGUGCUUCCAAGUACACAGCGGCAGCGCUCUAUUCAAGGGUGUUCUCCGCAACAUCGACAUGUCGCGUGGCGACGUUGUGACCGCUUCGUUGUCUGAUGACAUCGCGCGCCCACAUUAA